CAUAGGUCCUGCAGCACCAGAGAUGUAACAUCUGUAUAUAUCUUAGUGGUCAGGAAGAUGGACAAGAACAGAAGACGUAUGGCUGAGAGAAUAUUAAAGCUCACUCUAGAGAUCAUCUACCUGCUGACUGGAGAAGAUUAUAUAGUAGUGAAGAUGACUGAGGAGGGUGAAGAAUGGAACAGGAACCAGGAUUCUAUCAUGAUGUCUCCUCCUCAAUACCUUAUGAAUGAGAGAAGCAAAGUGCAGAAGAUCCUACAACUCACCAACAAGAUCACUGAGCUGCUGACUGGAAAGGUUCCUAUCAGAUGUCAAGAUGCUGCUGUCUAUUUCUCCAUGGAGGAGUGGGAGUAUUUAGAAGAACACAAGGAUCAGUAUGAGGACAUUAUUUCGCAGAAUCACCAGACUCACACCAUACCACCGGAUGAAUCCAGUAAGGAAGAAACACCAGAGAGAUGCAUCAGUCUAUAUUCCGAAAGUUAUCCAAAAGAAGAUCAGAAUAUCCCACAGGCUCAUCAGGUUACAAAUGUGAAUGACAUAAAAGUUGAAGACAUAAAUAAACAGACACAUUCGAAUGGAACCCAGCAGGGUAAGGAGAAAGAAUUGCCUACAGAUAUCUGCACUGGUAACUGCACACAAAACUUUCCAGAACAUUAUGAAAUGAAAUUCAAUAUCACAAAAGACAGUCAUGGAGAAGAUUCCACAAUAUUUCUUACCACAAAUGUACCCUCAGUCCUUCAGAGCAGAAAUCUAUCUACUAAUCACAAGGAACCUUUAUCUGAUCAGUCACAGAUUGUUAAUCAAAGUACAGGAGAUACAGGGGGUAAAAUAUUUCCAUAUUAUGAAUGUGAACAUUUUAAAAAGAAAUCUAUUCGUUAUGUGAAUGAAAGAAUUUACAGAGAUAAGAAUUUAUUUUUAUGUCCAGAAUGUGGAAAAUGUUAUUACCAGAAAUCAGAUUUUUUUAAACAUCAAAAAAGGCAUAGAGGGGAAAAAACAUUUUCAUGUCCAGAAUGUGAGAAAGGUUUUAACCAUAAAUCACAUCUUAUUGUACAUCAAAGAACUCACACAGGGGAGAAACCUUUUUUAUGUUCUGAAUGUGGGAAAUGUUUCACCAGAAAAGCAAAUCUUAUUGAACAUCAUAGAAUUCACACAGGGGAGAAACCAUUUUCAUGUUUAGAAUGUGGGAAAAGUUUUAUCCAGAAAUCGGAUGCUGUUAAGCAUCAAAAAUGCCACACAGGAGAAAAGCCAUAUUCAUGUUCUGAAUGUGGAAAAUGCUUCUGCCAAAAGUCAAAUCUUCUUAAACAUCUAAAAACUCACACAAGGGAUAAGCCAUUUUCAUGCUCUGAGUGUGGGAAAUGCUUCACAAGGAAAUCAAGUGUUACUGAACAUCUGAGAACUCACACAGGAGAGAAGCCCUUUUCAUGUCCAGAAUGUCAGAAAUGUUUUAGCCAGAAGUCUGAUCUUGUUAAACAUCAGAGAAGUCACACAGGAGAGAAACCAUAUUCAUGUUCUGAAUGUGGGAAAUCCUUUAAACAGAAAUCCGCUCUUAUUACACAUCAAAGAAUUCACACAGGAGAGAAACCGUUCUCAUGUUCAGAAUGUGGAAAACGCUUUAGCCAGAAGUCUGAUCUUGUUAACCAUCAGUUAAUCCAUACAGGGGAGAAGCCAUUUUCAUGUUCAGAAUGUGGAAAACGUUAUAAUCAUAGAUCAGCUCUUGCUCAGCAUAAGAAGCGAAGCCAUUUUAAUGUUCCGAUUAUAGCAAAUGCUUUACCUCACAUGUAGCCCUCCAGAGAA